CCGGGAUGAAGAAUUCCAGGUGCUGUGACCGCUACCACCAUCACCGCUGCCGCCGCGGUACUGGGCUCUCAGGCUCGCUCUUCUUCAGCAUCUUUUGGCUUUAGCGCUUCAUAGACAUCCUUCUUCCUUCUCACCUAGACUCAGCAGCCUUUCUUCGUCUACCUAUCCCUCCACCGUCCCAAUACCAUGCUGGUGACCUGACAGGGAUGUGACCCCCCUCUCCUUUCCCUGACCCCCCUCCCCCUCAAACCACCUUUUCCUUCUUUUUGGGGGGUGGGCUGGGGAGGGGAGCUCGGAUCAUGGCAUUGGAGUUCCCGGGGCUGCUGCUGCCGCUGCUGCCUAGUACUACCCUGAGCUCACCUCCGAGGACCAGCAGCAGCGGAGAAGGCGAAGAAGGCGAAGGCGGGGAGGGAGAUGGGGCUCAAGUCGCGAAAGGCGGCGGCGGCGGGGGCGGUUGGCGGCGGCGGCAGCAGCGGCGGCGGGGGCGGCAGCAGCCCAGGCGGCAGCGGGGGCGGUAACUCUGGCGGGAGGGAUGCGGAGGACAAGCGAACGGGGCUGGGGACUGCCGGGGACGUGGAGCAGGGCACCUUGGCCCUAGGAGCCGGAGCUGACAAAGACGGGACCUUGCUGUUGGAAGGGGCGGGCAAGGAGGAUGGCAGCAAGAGGACCCCGCAAGGGAUUGGUCUCCUGGCCAAGACCCCUCUGAGCCGGCCGGUCAAGAGGAACAACGCCAAGUACCGGAGGAUCCAAACUUUGAUCUACGACGCCCUGGAGAGACCGCGGGGCUGGGCGCUGCUGUAUCACGCCUUAGUGUUUCUAAUCGUUCUGGGGUGCUUAAUCUUGGCAGUACUGACCACAUUCAAGGAGUACGAGACUGUUUCAGGAGAUUGGCUUCUGUUAUUGGAAACAUUUGCUAUUUUCAUCUUUGGAGCUGAGUUUGCUUUGAGGAUCUGGGCUGCAGGAUGUUGCUGCAGGUACAAAGGAUGGAGGGGAAGACUGAAGUUUGCAAGGAAGCCCUUGUGCAUGCUCGACAUCUUUGUGCUGAUUGCUUCAGUGCCAGUGGUCGCUGUUGGAAAUCAAGGCAAUGUUCUGGCCACCUCGCUCCGGAGUUUACGGUUCCUACAGAUUUUGCGCAUGCUCCGCAUGGACAGAAGGGGUGGCACCUGGAAACUCCUGGGUUCUGCAAUUUGUGCCCACAGCAAAGAACUCAUCACUGCCUGGUACAUUGGAUUCCUGACACUCAUCCUUUCUUCAUUCCUUGUCUACUUGGUGGAGAAAGAUGUACCUGAGAUGGAUGCUCAAGGAGUAGAGAUGAAAGAAGAGUUUGAGACCUAUGCUGACGCACUCUGGUGGGGCCUGAUUACUCUGGCAACCAUUGGUUAUGGAGACAAGACGCCCAAAACCUGGGAAGGCCGUCUGAUUGCAGCCACCUUUUCCCUGAUUGGAGUUUCAUUUUUUGCUCUUCCAGCUGGAAUCCUUGGAUCAGGGCUGGCUCUCAAGGUACAAGAACAACAUCGACAGAAACAUUUUGAGAAAAGAAGGAAACCAGCAGCUGAACUCAUACAGGCUGCCUGGAGGUAUUAUGCAACUAAUCCCAACAGGAUUGAUCUCGUAGCUACCUGGAGAUUUUAUGAAUCCAUCGUUUCUUUUCCAUAUUUCAGAAAAGAACAACUGGAGGCAGCGGCCAGCCAAAAGCUGGGUCUCUUGGAUCGGGUUCGACUUUCUAAUCCUCGUGGUACCAAUACUAAAGGAAAGCUAUUUACCCCUCUGAAUGUAGAUGCCAUAGAAGAAAGCCCUUCUAAAGAGCCAAAAAAUGUUGGCUUGAACAAUAAGGAACGUUUUCGCACUGCAUUCCGAAUGAAAGCGUACGCCUUUUGGCAGAGUUCUGAAGAUGCUGGGACAGGAGAACCCAUGACUGAAGAACGGGGCUACAGUAAUGAAUUCCUCAUAGAAGACAUGAUCCCCACACUCAAGUCAGCCAUCAGAGCAGUCAGAAUACUACAAUUCCGUCUCUACAAAAAAAAAUUCAAGGAGACUUUGAGGCCUUAUGACGUAAAGGAUGUUAUUGAACAGUAUUCUGCAGGACAUCUGGAUAUGCUUUCCAGAAUAAAGUAUCUUCAGACAAGAGUAGAUAUGAUCUUCACCCCUGGACCUCCAUCUACUCCAAAACACAAGAAAUCCCAACGUGGGGGAGCCUUCACGUAUCCUUCCCAACAGUCUCCAAGAAAUGAUCCGUAUGUAGCCAAAGCAUCCUCAUCAGAAAUUGAAGACCAAAGCAUGAUGGGGAAAUUCGUCAAAGUCGAAAGACAGGUUCAUGACAUGGGGAAGAAAUUGGAUUUUCUUGUUGAUAUGCACAUGCAGCACAUGGAACAGCUCCAAGUACAAGUUACAGAAUACUACCCAACCAAAAAGGCCGCUGCUACCCCAGCAGAGGUCGAGAAGAAAGAGGAGAACAAGUAUUCUGAAUUGAAAACCAUUAUCUACAACUACUCUGAACCCUGCACCCACGAAACCCCCUAUAGCUUCCACCAGGUCCCUGUCAACAAAGUCAGCCCCUAUGCUUUCUUUGCACAUGACCCAGUGAGCUUGCCUCGAGGUGGAGGAGGAGGACCACCAUCGGAAAGGGAGAAGCUCCCGAGGACUCUCCCCUCUUCGGUCCCGUAUGCAGAAAGACCGACCGUCUUGCCUAUCCUCACUCUCCUAGACUCUCGGGUGAGUUACCACUCCCAAGCUGAGCUACACAGCCCCUACCAGGAACGAAUCUCACCCAGGCAGAGACGGAGUUUCACCAGGGACAGCGAUACACCAUUAUCCCUUCUCUCUGUCAAUCACGAAGAACUAGAACGCUCACCCAGUGGCUUCAGCAUCUCCCAGGACAGAGAUGAUUACCUUUUCGGCCCCAAUGGGGGCUCGAGUUGGAUGAGGGAGAAGCGCUACUUGGCCGAGGGAGAGACCGACACAGACACAGACCCCUUCACCCCAAGUGGCUCUAUGCCUUUGUCUUCAACAGGGGAUGGGAUUUCGGACUCCAUAUGGACUCCUUCCAACAAGCCAGUUUAAAGGGGAAGGAGGGGUCACUGGAUGGCCUCUCCUUGUAAUGUAGACAAACUUUGUAUAGCUCACUUACUCUUACACCCAAAGCUUACUAGUUGGAACACCAAUGGCUGCAUUCAAUGCAUGUGUUAGUAGUAGUCACUGCACCAUUCCACGGGGAUUUACAGCCGCAUUUUUUUUUCCAAGACACCACAAGGAAGCCGCUUCAUUUUGAGCAUGCUUUGCAUGACUUUACACUAUAUAAAUGGUACCGCUACUUUCUUCUAGAAUACAUAUCUAUCUGCUAUUCUUACUUAAAAACCACAAUUGGGCCUGUGCAGGGAGGGACUAUAGAAGAUUCCAUGCUCCUUUUCUUUUAUAAACAGAGAAUAUAGUUCCAGUUAGUUCUAGAGUCACUGACCAUUUGUGUUCUAGCACCUGCCCUGAAACCCGUACCCAGUUUUGAAGUGAUGAAUUUGUGUUCUUGAUAACUUCACUAGCUCUUGAAAAUUCCUAGAACAGAGAGGAAGCUCAGUGAGGUCUACCCCCCUGCAUUAAUAUGACACAGGUAGUUAAUAUAAUUACUUUUGGAAGAAUUCUGAUUUUACUGAUGUAUGGAACUGCCACGGCAGAAACUCAUUCCAUUGAGGCCAGUUAGCAACUUCUCUGUAACUAAUCUUAGAAACUUGUGUUGGGAGCCUGAGAAGUUUGGUGAUGCCCCCUUUCACAUAGCUAGUAUGUAUCAGAAACAGGACCUGAAAACAGGUGUUUACUGUCUCUAAAGCCAGCCCUCUGUUCUCUAUAUCAUAUUGUUUCUCCUUCAAUAUAAUACAGAGGGAAAGGAAGGAAUCCAUCUCUUUUCCCAUACUGUGGAUACCCUAAUUUAGAAAGAAACUAGGAAAAAAAAAUUAAGGCUUCCAAAUAGGAUCUUAAUAAAGAACACUUUGCUGCUAAUUCCAUUGUCCUCAAAAAAGGACCCAACUUCUGCUCCCUACAGGUAAUCUUUUACAAAAUAUCCAUUAGGAAUAGAAUCAACUUUAGAGCUCAUAUAGAUAAAUCCCCAUAACUUUACAUGUGAAUGAAAUAAAGGCCUAGAGAAGUUAUAUAACUUUCCCAAAGUCAGAGUGGCAUAACAGACUUGACCACAGGACUCAGGACUCCUAAGCCAUUUACAUGUUCUGUGUAGAAAAUAGGAAUAAGAAAUCAUACUGAAAUUUAGACUAGAAUCACAGAGAUCCAAGAGACCUUAAAAAUCAUGUAAGCCAACCCUCCUCAAUGUACAGAGGAGAAAAUUGAGGCCCAGACGUGUUAUUCAAGAUCACACAAGUAGUAAGUAUGUCUUGGUGUUUUCUCUAUGGCUGACUUAGCUCUGGUACUUUGAACACAGAAUGUCAGUUACUUUGUACCCCAAUUAACUGGUAAAAUCCAUAAAAUUUGUUUUUUUAAUGUAAAGCAAUAUACUUAUUUUUAUCCUGUCUAUUUUGCUUCAAGAAAAAUGGCUUAUUGUAGCUUCAUUGAUGUGUGAAUUGGCCAAGAUUAUAACCAUCACAUUUUCUUCCUCAUUAGUUCAAAUGAGAUCAUGUAUGUAAACUACUCUGAGAACUUUAGAGAGCUGUAUAAAUGUCAUUUAUUAUUAUUUUACUUCAGUGGAUGAAUAAUUAUAUCACUAUGGGGUACUUCUCCAUUGUUACAAAUUAUAAUGAAUCUUGCCCAUCUGCUACUUCGUUGGCUAUUCUCUGAAGGUGUCAUAUUAAGGGUACUGGAAGCUAAAUGAAUAUUUGUCGAUGGGAUGCUUUAUCAUAGUAUGGAAGUGUGAAGAUGACCCUGGCCUGUUGAAAGCUACCAAGCUGGAAUGGAUUCAAACAUGGCUUCAGCAGUUGGCUUUUGUCUGAUGCUGGCCUGGCUUAAUAUAGACAGAUUCAUUACCAGAAAAUUGGCCACCCAGUAAGGAAUUUUUUAGUCAUGUUCAUCCAUUCUUCUUCUCAUGUUUUUAUGAAAAUAUUUAAAUCUUAAGUGACACUGGAUCAUCAAAAAGCCUUGUAGCAGUGUACCACACUAAGUACUAAGCACAAUUUGCCUAAGGUUUCUCUUUACUACUUGUUAAUGUACUCUGGUAGUAAAAUUUCUCAUGAAGAUUGGGUCAUACGGAUGGAUACCAGCUCAAUGACUGCACAAGUGUGUAUUAGUCCUGUUCCUCUUUAAACAUUUGCUUAUUGGUUCCUGAACAAGUAGCUCUUUCAAAAUGACCCAAUUAGUUAGGAAUUAGGUACAUUUUGGUGCCUAUAUGUCAGCAAGGCUGAAAUCCUUCAAUAUCUUGCCUACAGAAUAAUAGUUCUGGCAGAUGCCUCAGUAAAUGAGUUUAUACAUUAACUAAUGGAGGGAUCUUCAGUCUUUUGGUGGGAAAGAUAAACUUUUUAUGCUCCAAAGUGUGAAGAUAGACAGGAGGAGGGAAAAUGGGAAAGGAGGACAUUAUCAGUGGUGUUCGUAUUUGGAACAUAGGAAGGGGCAUUGACUGAGGAGUUUGAGAGUGGUUAAGAGGCAGAGCAAGGUUAAGCAGACUCUAUCCUCUAUUCUUUCUAUGACUUGCAACCACAGAGAGGUGGUCAUGGAAAUAACUGCCACCUUUCAACCGGCCACAUUAAGCUCCAAGAUGGAUUAUUGGGAGCCUCUGACCCAAAGGAGCAAAUGUACUUUUCUCAGAGAUUUGAUUUCUGACUAAUCUAGGAGUCAUCAUUUACCAGGAAUGACUUAAAUGUCUCUAAGUUAUCACUAUAUCAUUAUUUACUUAAAGUUUUUUAAAGGAAUUUAUGGAAAACUGACCAAACUUUCUACCUUUGCACUAAUUAAUUUUUCUAACAAAUUAACACUCUCCCAGAAUCUUGACCUUAAUUAACAGAUAACAAAUGGUGUGAGGGGAUACUUAUAUUCAUGACUGCUGAUCAAAAAUGAGUGAACGUUUGCCUCCCUUCUAGAAACAUCUUCUAUGGACAAGGUUAUGGGAUGCCUGAGUAGGGAGUGAGUUCACUUUCACUGGAAGUCUUCAUGAGGAAAUUGAAUGAGAGCCUACUCUUGUUGAGGUAGUUUUGUACAAAAUUAUUUCUGAAGUCUCUGAAGAACUUUAAGAUUCUGUGGUAUAUCAAAAAGCUUCCAUCCUUAUAACAAGAUACCACUGAGGUAAUAAAGACUAAAAGAAGUGUCAGCUUUCAAAGCAAUCCAUAUUUUUUGCCUUACUUUUUAUCCCCAGCACUUAGCAGAGGGCUUGGCACAUAACAAGUGCUUAAUAAAUGCUUGUUGACAGACUGACUCUUUGAAUCAUAGCCAACUCAGAUUAGAACAGAGAAUUUAGCUUAUAUCUGGCCAAUCGAUCAAUCAACAAGCAUUUGUAAAAUGCCUUAUAUAUGUGGCAGGCACUAUGUUGGGCAGUGGGAAUACAAAAAAAAAAAGAGAAAACUUCUUACCCUUAAGAAGCUUAUAUUUUUUUGGACAUCCAGACUCAUGAAAACAGGAGUUUCCACAAAUAUAUUGAUACUUUAUCAUCUCCAUAAGUGAGUUGACAUAGAAGACUGUGAUUUGAGGGGGUUGUCAAAAGCUCCUGUCAGAGUACAGUGAGUCUUAAGGAGGUACCUAGAAUACCGAGAAGUGAAGUACCAUACCCAGGAUCACAAAGCUAGUGCCCAUGUCUUGUAGGUUCUAGAUCUGGCUGCUCAUUAUGUCCCAUUGGUUCUCCAUUUGUUGGGCAGAAAUCAUUUGAUCAUGAGCAUCCUCCGGAAUUUAUUUCUUGAUCUUAGCUUUGAGUGACAAAGAUAUGUCAAAAGGAUUCAAUUGGCUUCACUUUCCAAAUCAAGUCCCAUAAUCAUUGUUAAGGAUGGUUUAUUUCUUUGAACAAACAAAAAUGGAAGGAGCUGUAAUUUAUAACAGUCUGCUGUCACACCAAGUUUUCCAGGGUAUAACAUUAUUAGGAACCAGGGAAUUCACAUAUUAGUAAGCCAAAGGAAGUGAUGGGAACAAGGAUCUAAGUUUAUUUUCGAUAUUCCGAGCUAAAGAAUCCCUUUUAUUUUCACAGUGCAGGGUCUGUACUGCAUAAUGCCUUAAAUCAGACUUUCUAAUGUUCCUAUGAAUACUUAAUUAACUUUAGAAAUUUUCACAGUUCAAAAAGAAAGAGGUGAGGCAGGUACCCUAAAAUGUUUAGCAUUAAGAUAUUGUAACCUUAAAGCACUUAUUGAUAAUGAUACUUCUGCAUUUCAAAUUAUUUGCAUUUAAUUCUUGAAAUGAAAAAGCUGUUACUACCAUGGGACAAGAGUAAGACCCUAUUACUUUGAAUUUAGUACAUGAAUCCCUAGUGGGUAUUAAUUAUAUCUUAAUGGCAUGCUAAAUUCACAUUUUUCAUGGGUGAACAAUUGCGAAAACAUACUACAGAAUGACAGGGAUUAUUUAAAAUGAAGGGCCUGGUAGGUACUACCAAAAACCCACAUGGCUUUUUCCUAUCUUUUUUCCCAAUGACAAAAGUUAUGUGAACAAGCCAAACUUAUGCACUGGUUUUACUUGGCCCAUGGAGCCUUUAAUGAAAUUGCAUGGUUUGGUGGGAGUGAUGUAUUUCUGGUUAUGAUUUUCAUUAAGUCUUAUAACACUAUCACAGUGCAUAGGGUGUUCUGGGCUUGGAGUCAGUAAGACCUGAGUUCAAACUCUGUAUAUAAUCAUAGGCCAAUGACUUAAUUUCUUCAUUUUUCUCAUCUGUAAUCGAGAGGGUUGGACUCAAUGGCUUCUAAGGUCUCUUAAGCUCUAAAUCUAAGAUCCUAUGAUGGCUUCCUUUAAAUUUUCUCAAUUUCAGCACCAUGGCUGGUAAUUAGGGAACAAUACUCCUGUUCCCUUUAUUUCCUGUACAGAAGACCCAGAAAUGUAAAAACAGAUAGUACCUAGAGAUUAGAAACAUUGAAUAAAAAGUUUUAUCCACUUCAAUGCAGUACAGUAGACAAGAUAAACAUUUGCCUGCCUUCUCAUUCACCUAGUCAUAUCUAAACCUGAACAAUGAACAAACGUCCUGAAUCUUCAGGGGCUGUCUUUGCAGAGAGGAUAAUGUUCUCCUAUCUUGGAAGAGAUCAUUUUACCUUUCCCCACUUCUGGCUUAGAUCCUCCCAACAGAGUUUUCCAAAAGUCCUUAAGAUUCAGUGCCAUUAAGAUGAUGCCAACACACCCCUUUCUUUUUUUCCUUUCAAUUUUUUCCUAUUGCUUCCCUCUUCCACCCCACCAUCCCAUCAAAUCAUCUGGUCUGCUACUUACACUCACCCUUCCCCUAGAGUCACUACCCAAGCAGCAUCUAAACACAAGCCAGUUGAUAAAAUUCAAGUUAGAUCUCAUGAAAUCUACAUGACCCCAAAUAACUGUUUUGGCUUAAUAGACUUUACAAUUGGAAAUUUUGUUUCAUGUAGCAAGCCGUCUCUGAGCCUCUAGUUUUUCCUCUUUAUUAAUCUUGCCAUUUCAUAGCUCAUUACCAAAUCCUGUCACCAAAGGGUCAGAAGGAAAUAGAAACAGAUGUUACUCAAGCUAUUCCAUGCUAGUGACUAAAAAUGGUUGGGUAAUUAAGAAAGUUGAAACUUUUAGCUAAAAGAAGAUUUGGUACUUGGAUCUGGAUAUCAGUAAUUAAUUUCUAUUUAUGAUAAGGGUCUGGAUACCCUUGCCAGAGGGUGCUUUUUAAUUUCUUUUAAGAACAUACAGUUCAAGCUGGAAAGCUUUCAUUUUACAAAUGAAAAAACUGGCACCCAGAGAGGUCUUUGUUGCUUUCCUUGGCAUUGACAUUUCUUUUUGUUUCUUAUUUGGCUUUCAGGCAGUCAUUGUCAUGUUUUAUUAAUAUAGAGGAAGACUCUCUCAAAAGAGAACAUAAUAAAAAGUUAUCAAAUGCUUUAGGUCUCAAGAGGUUGGCCAAGUAAUUGAAGAAUCCUCACCAAAUCUUAUGCACCUUGUUCCCCAAACAUCUCCAAACAAACAACAUCAGCCUGAUAUUAGGCAAGAAUUGGGGGAAUGGGGGAGAUGAAACUAGUAUUAAGGGGAAGGGAUCAUUUUAAAUGUCCAUCUGAAAGUCUGCGAGGUGAAUACGCAGUAGUCAAUAUUUGCCUCAAUCUUAGAAAUACAGUUGUUCACUCUAGACUUGUCCAAGGAUCCUCCACUUAAUAUCAUAAACUGGGGAGACAAAAAUGCAUGAGCUGAUAUUUAUUUCAAUAAUCCAAAGAAAUGUAAGCUCCCUGAGGGCAGGGAUUAUUUCAUUAUUGUUUUUUCAUUGUAUCCCCAGCACCUAGCACAAUGCUUUGCACAUAGUAGGCACGUGAAGAAAUGUUUGUCAAAAUGAAUGAAACUGAAUUGAAUUGGAUCAAACAGAAUUGAAUUGAACCUGUUUGCUGACCUUCAUGAUCACAGUUGAGAGUAAGCCUUAUUUCCUGUAAUUUGGGGGAGUUGCUGAAUUAUUUUGUUCCUGAGGCUGUAUGCAGGUAUUUUAUGGUAAAGGGUUAGUGGAAAUAUAAAAAUGUUUGCUGUGACAGAGAACACACCUUCCUUUCACUGCCUGGCUGAGCCAAUUUCAACUAAUUGCUAUAUGGUUGCUGUCAGACCUGACAUAAAUUGAUAUACCAACCAAUUAGUGAGAAUGGCACAGAAAAGCACUCUCCCAUCCAGUGAUUUAAAACAAGAAGGUACUAGACAUCAUUUCUGGGAUACAGUGUCCACAGUUGCUAGGGAACAAAGCAACCACAGAUUCUCUGCUUUGCAUCUCUCUCAACACCUUCAACUUCAGCAAAUAUAGCUACUCUAUGUAAGGUACUAUGCUUGGUACUUGACCUACAAAGAGAACCACCACUCCCUCCCUCCCACCCAUCCCCCUGCCAAAAAAAUAAUCCCUGCCUUCAAGAAGGUUACAUUCUACUGAGGAGGGGAAAAGUUCCCACUGGCAGCCUCAAGGAGCAACUACCCUACAUGCCUCAAUAUAUAUACAGUACUGUUUCACCACCAGAGGGGUAAAUACCACAGAGCCAAAUCUGCUCUCCAAAAUCAAACUUUCCGGUUUCCUACUGGAAACUAAUUUUGUAUUAGUAAAUUUUUUAAAAAAUAUUUUCUAUUACCUGGUCAUCUUCUACUUUAUAAACAUGGAAGUCUCAAGAUAGAUUUGCUAGGAUAGAGAAAUAUUUCCUGUGAUAUACUUAGGAAUCUCCCACUGGGGCAAAAGGAUAGAGCUCCAUUUUUGUUGAACUGAUUCAAUGGCUACUUUCUUUGAAGUCUCAAGGCUGGGAGGAUGUCAAGUGAUACUGAAUGACUCACUUUGUACUGGUUUCUACUAACAUUGGUUUUUUUGGAACAUGGUUUUUCAGAACUCCAUGAGAAUUAUUCCUUUUCCAAACUGUUUAUGCUAACCUGUCAGUAACUAUUUUUUUUUUAAUUUUCACUGAAUUCAAUUAAGUAGGUUCAAAUGUCCCAAUUGACUCAACACCUAUUCUGACUUGUUAUUUACUAUUAGGAUUUGAAACCAGCUUUUCCUUCAGAGGUAGCAUAUUUAUUUCAAAUGCUUUCUCUUCUGGGUCUCUGGUGGGCAAAUCAUAGAAUGGGUACUUCUCUUUGUAUUUAGAAAUUUCUCUAUCCCAAGAUCAGAAGGCAAGGCUUUUCUUCUGAUGUCAGCACCUUUUUACUGGAGAGAGAUAACCUCUCCCUUCACCCACCAGCAUAUUUCUUUCAGGCACAGGCACGGAGCUCUCAAGGGAAGAAUGAAUUGGGAGGGUUUGGUUUUGUUUAUUUUGCUUUCAUAAAGGCUUUAUCUUUUUGCCAUGUGGAAGGUAUUGCUUUCAGAGUUCCUAUACUAAAAAUCCAAUAUGCCCCUACCCAAAAAAAGUAAAUAAAUAAAAUCUGUGUUUUUAUUCUUGAGAAACACACUAGCAUCAAGGAGUAAGGAAAAGAAAAGAAAAUCUGAUUUUAUAAAAUAGUGACCCUUCAGUCUCUAUGCCCCUUCUCAAAUUUAUAUUCAGCUCUAGUUUUAAUUCAUUCCAACUCAACUCAAAAAGCAUUUAUUCAAUGCCCAUAUGUCCAAAAGGCAAGAAAAAGAAAGAAUCCUUAGCCUCAAGGAGUUUAUGUUCCCAUGAAGGGAUAUGACUUGUAUAGAGAACACAUGCAAAGUAAAUGCAGAAAAUAAAUGGUUUAUCUUAUUAGUUGAAUCAUUUAAAGGGCCUGAGUGAGGAAAAUACGUGCAUUGUUAGGACCGGACCGGGCAGACCAUCCAUGGUAGCUAGGGAAUGGGUUGGAAUGGGACUGGGUAUUUCCAUUUCAUUUUUUCUUCUUUCUGAUGUAGCAAACUGACUUCAAAUAGCAAGAGAAUGAACCAUUUUGAAUCUCUGAAGGACAAGAUGAAGUUAAAAAAUGACAAACCUGCUGUUUUUUCCUUUGGGGGGGGAGUUACUUUAUUUUUUUUUCCUUUUAUGGCAUAGAAUUCUGGUGCCUUGCUCCCUGAAGUUGUCUCCGAGCUACAAAGGAUACGCUUUUUUCACAUUCUGGCUUACAAGGGAACACAACUUUUCUACAAGUGGCCUUUAGUGCUCUUUCUAAUAUGAUUUCCUGUAAUUUUUAAACUGUAUGUCUAAUUUAUAUUCUGGCACUGUCCGAUAUUUGAACAACUUUAAUAUGUUGAUUUCCAUCUAUAUUAUGCAAACAAUACUUCUUACCUGAUUUUUUAUGUUCUGUCUUAAAAUGAACAAUCAAAUGAAUAAAGAAAUGCCGCACCACUUAUUAAUAAAUGGAAAUUUCAAUGA